CGCUACGACAUCGCCGACGUCAGCCCCGCAACGGAUUUAACGUUGAUCUUCCCAAAACAAGUUGUCUGCCUUUGUCAGAGUUUAGGUUUCCGAACGUUGAUAACAAGUAAUUUGAAUUUCGCGCUCUAAUGGAUGCCGAAGGGCUACGAGCCUCUUCGAAUCCGUCUGUACUGCUUUCUUCUCUUCUGAGCAAGAGAACGAAACUGCAAGACGAGCUUCGAAGCAUUGAAAAGCAGGUCUAUGAUAUGGAGACGAGCUAUUUACAAGACCCGAGCCAGUAUGGCAAUGUAUUGAAAGGUUUCGAAGGGUUCCUAUCUUCUUCUAAGAACACUGCACUGUAUGGGGUGGCUAUGAAAACUCUUCACAUACUUCUCUUCCAUUUAAUAAAGUAUGCUUCUCUUGGGUGUAUGUUGUUCGUGAUUCAAAAAAUUCGUUGUUUUUUUAGCUUGAAGCGGUCGAGGAAGUUCCAACCUGAAGAUAGGCUCUUCUCUUUAUCUUCAGUCACUUCACCAGCAGCUGAGGAGCUUGCGGCUGGGCGUGAUGAUGGGAGAUCAGACUUUGGCGUCGGUCGACCUAAAGGUGGAGGUAUAUAUGCAAAUGGACAGUAAGUAGGAAAGCCAAAGAAAGGAAGAGGUGCGGCUCGAGAUGCCAAAAGAAUUAGGCAAUCAAGUGAUCCAGAUUUUGAUUAUGAUGAUGACCCUGAAUUGACAUUAUGAAACUGUUUGUAUAAUAUGGUCAUUGACCUUGCUCUGAUAAGGUCCCAGAUCAUGUUCUUAGAUCCAUUGUUAGGAAUUCAAAGUAAAUCGCCCAAAAACAAGCCUCGAUCUGCACAAGUCAGGUCAAUAUGAAAUUGCCAUUUCUUCUCC